CACUCGAAUUCAUCGCUUCUUUGCAAGGAAGAAGGGAAUAUGCGAUAUCCAUAAAAUUAGAACAACAACCGCACUGAGCCUUAUCACCACACUGCACAGAAAAGCUUCCGCAGCAGCAGCAGCAAGGUAGCUUCAAUGGCGGCUCCGUUGACCACCCUGUCAAAUGUUGGUUCGCUUCCGGCUUCUCGCAGCGUGUCUCAGAUCAGAGUUCUGACCCCUACCAGUUCUUCCAUCACAGUCCCAUCGUCAUCUAACAAAACGGCGUCGUUGUCCUCCAGCUUCUUCUCCAGGUCGUCGCGUUUGUCCCCUCUGCCAUUCCCUUCGAACCCUAGUUCCGGGAAAAGGACCAGUCUUGCUAGCUCAGUCCGCGCCAGUGCUGAGGAAGUAACUUUACAAUCAAAAGUGACCCAUAAGGUGUAUUUUGAUAUUAGCAUUGGGAACCCAGUUGGGAAGCUUGCUGGAAGGAUUGUGAUUGGAUUGUAUGGCGAUGAUGUGCCCCAAACCGUGGAGAAUUUCCGUGCUCUUUGCACAGGUGAUAAAGGCUUUGGAUUCAAGGGUUCCGCGUUCCAUCGUGUGAUCAAGGAUUUCAUGAUUCAAGGAGGGGACUUUGACAAAGGCAAUGGCACCGGAGGUAAAAGCAUUUACGGACGUACUUUCAAGGAUGAGAACUUCAAGUUGUCUCAUACUGGCCCCGGAGUUGUUAGCAUGGCCAAUGCAGGGCCCAAUACCAAUGGUAGCCAGUUCUUCAUAUGCACGGUCAAGACACCAUGGCUCGACAACAGGCAUGUUGUUUUUGGGCAAGUGGUGGAAGGCCUGGAUGUUGUUAAACUAAUCGAGUCUCAAGAGACAGACAGAGGUGAUCGCCCUACAAAGAAAGUGGUCAUCGCCGACUGUGGAGAGCUGCCAGUGGCCUAAUGCGGAUUUUUAUCGGUUUUAGUUACUAGUGUUUCCCUUGAAUCCCUUCUCCGUUUUGGAAAUGUGGCCUUUAGUAUUAUGUACCCCAUUCAGAGGCUUUUAGUUUGUUUGGCGGAUUAGUCCUGCAGCACGAAACGUUAUCAUUUUUUCAUGUAUCUCUGUACUCCUUAACAGUAGAGUUUGAUUACCGGGAAUGACGGCCAAUUGGAACAAUAAUAUUUUCUUAUUGAAUGUCUGAA